UUCGAGCUGGAUAGAAGAUCGUGAAAAAACAUUGAAAAAUGUCAAAGUAAUACAGAAAAGACCAAAGUGAGAAAUUUUAUUAAGUGAAAGCACAGGAAAUAGGUGGAAAUAUGACGGCUUGAGGUCACACAGCAAGGAUAUAAGCUGGUGACAACACCUUCGCACGUAUUGUAAGGUAGUCGUCCUUCUCCAAACAGUCUGCACUGUACUCUUUCAGGCUGUCAUUCUUCACUGGAUCGGUCUUUCAUUAUUCAAUAACAAGAAAGAACAAGUUUGCCAGCUGAUAUUUUGAUGAUUGUCAAGACAUUUAAUUUUAGAUUUCAUCGAUUUCCAACCUUCUCCAGUGAUCAACUCUGUACCAGUGGUGGGCGGCACUCUCAUGUAUGGUUUUGAAGACUUACGUUCAUAAUCAGCGCCAUCUAGCGCUGUCCCCGGCCACUAAAAGUAAAUGAACCUACGGAUCCCUGACAGCAAUUGUUUCCAGACUCUGCUUCCUCAAAAUUCUCGUGAAAAUGUCGUGGUCACGAACAAUAAUCGUCUUGACAGUAACAACAAUUGUACUUCUAACUGUAACCAACUUCUCAAGAGCUUGCAAUGAAGCGAUUUGUGCCAGCGUAGUGAGUAAAUGUAUGCUCACUGGAAGUUGCAAAUGUGAUUUAGUAACAUGUACCUGUUGCAAAGAGUGCUAUAAUUGUUUAAGCUACCUCUAUGAUGAGUGCUGCUCUUGCGUUGAUCUCUGCCCAAAACCUAAUAUAACCGACAAUCCUCUUAGCAAAAAGUCUCAUGUAGAGGAAUUCAGCGAACCAGUUCCAGGACUGUUCCAAGCUCUCACUGCUGAGCCUGAUCCUCACAAGAGGUGGAUGACUUUUACUUAUCCAGUAGAUUUUGACGUUUCUCUCUUCCGGUCGAAACAUGAACAGGAACCAAAAUAUCAUAUGCAAACCAUUGACGGUGAAGUUCAGCAUCCUCUGAAACCAAACGUGAUGACAGUGAACUGUACAGUUGCAUACAUGGCUCAGUGUAAUUCCUGGAAUAAAUGUAAAGCCUCCUGUCAAAGUAUGGGAGCCACGAGCUUCAGAUGGUUCCACGAUGGAUGCUGCGAGUGCAUAGGAGACACUUGCAUUAAUUAUGGAAUUAACGAAUCCAGAUGCAUCCAUUGUCCUCUUGACAAAGAAGAUGACGAUCUUAAGGAUCAGUACGAUGACUAUGGGCAGGAAGAAGAGCUCACUGAGGAUGAACUCGAUUAAAAAUAGUACCGAAGUCAAAAAAAGAAUGAACAAACUUUAACUGAAUUUUUAUAAAAUUUUAAAUUAUUAUUUAUGCCGCUUUGACUCCACUUAUCGACUAAGUACGGUUCUGUUCCAUGAUGAGUAAGUACAGUCGGUAACUGAUUAACCGAUCGAGAUUUUAUUUCAAAUGCAAUAAAAAAAGGAGGGUAAUACCGGCUGUCGGUAACUUGGCACGGAAAAUAAGCUUUUCCGGUCGGUAAGUUUUCUACUUUGAAAAUUCAUAAAAUGUAAUCUUUUUAAAGUUUCGUUUUUGAAUUUCUGUUUGACGUAAGGGUAAAAUCCAGAUUCCCCAUUUGGGAGUGAUAGUGUUUGAUGAGCCAUAAUUUGAAAAAUGCUGUUCAUAUCAAUUAUCUUACGGUAUUUUUUAAUACCCUCCACCCCCCUGACAAAAGAAAAGGUGAAUUAGUUUAUGAACGAUCCCGAAAGCUUGCCUAAUUUUUAGGGUAAAACUGUUAAAGUAACUUACAUUUUGAAUGAUAUAAUAUUGAUCCUUUAACGAUUCUCUAAGGAUCACUUUGAUGGAUGUAAAUUAAAAUUUCUUCGGAUAUUUUCUUUACCUUUAUAUGUUAAUAUCUAAGACUAUGUAUACUUUUUGUGCCAUAAAAUGUAUCAUUGUAAAUAUGAUAAAAUCCUAGAAUUGCAAUUAAUUUUUCUCAGAUCUUAGACCUUGAAAAAGUUUUAAACUGAGGAAGGGAAACCGAAUUUUAAAACGAUUCAGAAGAAAAAUAAGUUCUGUAUUGUCGGAUAAAACAAUGAUCCAUAUAUAUUGUAUAAGAAAUUAAUAACAGUGUAAAAGUUGA